CAGCGACAGAAGAGGUGUCUAUUCACUAUUGUGAUUUGUGAUUUGUGUUGUUUCGUAUUUAACACCGGCUUUUAGAUAAACGCGAUAAUUAAAUAUUUCAAUAAAAACGACCGAUUUUUCUAGUAGGUAACUGUUAACAUAUUGUUAAGUUGUUCAUAGGCACGCUCAACAUGGAGAAAUUUUUACUAUUUCUCUCAAUUUUAUUUACUGUUCCUGCCGCUUAUAAAGUGUCUGCAUCAAGUGGGUCUAUCGAACUCGAUGAUUUUUCUUUUAAUAAAAUAAUUAAUGCAUUCUCUGCGUCGUUAGUAAAAUUUGAUGUUGCAUUUCCUUAUGGCGACAAGCAUGAUGCAUUUGUAGCUGUAGCCAAAGAAGCAACGGACGUUAGUGAACUAGUAGUUGCUGAAGUCGGUGUAAAGGAUUACGGGGAGAAGGACAACGAACAGCUCGCUAGAAAGUAUGGUGCAACAAAGGAGAACUUUCCAGUCGUUAAACUGUUUCUUAAAGGAAAUGAGGAACCCAUAACUUUUGAUGAUAGUCAAGGAUUUACAACAGAUCAGUUACGGCGUUUUGUAAGACAAAACACUGGAAUUUAUUUAAGCCUCCCUGGUUGUAUAAGGGACCUGGACAUGCUUGCUAUUGAAUUUAUGAAAUCUGCUAAGGAGGAAAGAAGUAAUGUUUUGAAAAAAGUAGAAGUGUCCUUGAAGGAACUAGCCAAAGAGAAUGCAAAUACUGGAAAGAUUUACAAGACAAUCAUGGAGAAAAUUCUAGAAAAAGGUGAUGAAUUUGUUAAGUCUGAAAACCAAAGAAUCAAGAAGGUGAUGAGCGGGAAAUUAUCAGAUGAAAAGAAACAAGAAAUGGGCCAUAGACUUAAUAUUCUACAAUCGUUUCAAUUGCAUGAAGUUCAAUACAAAGAUGAAUUGUAGUAACACUAUCAUAAUAUAACAACACAUUCCAUAUUUUUUAAGUUUUAAUAUAUAAAAUUAUUUUAUGACUGAGUGACUUAUUGAUGAGAAAGCAAUACCACUUUAAAUGUUUUAAGCAAUAUAUUUCGUUUCUUUCCUUUAUAAGGAAUAUAUUCAUUUAUUUAUAAUAAAUCUAUGAAGAGAAAUUGUUUGAUCAUUUGUUUUCAUAAGUUUAAUUGAAUUAUAUUUUUAUGUGUGAUAUGCACAGAGUGUGGUUUAGUUGUACACUAAAGAAAUAAAGGUGUGAAAGAAAA